AAUUUUCAGAUUCGAACCGAAGUGAAGAAUGAGUUCGUGUCCAAAAAUUAACGGCCUCUCGACGCUGAUAUUCGCUGUGGCAGUAUCUUUCGCUUCUUGUCAAAAUCAUGUGGGAAACCAGGGAAGAUUCGAAGGCUCAUCAGGUGCGAAUCCGUCUACUGGAUUGCACCUCGACACGAGCUUGCUGCUCGAUCCCCGUUUGAAAGACCUGUAUCAGGUCAUCGAAGAACCGUCUGAAGCCGAGAAAAUUGCCCUGCUGCCAACUUACACGAAAGAAAUGUCGCCUUCGCAAAAUUUCCGACUCGACUCGCACAAGAAACGCCACGCCAUUCAUUCCCCGCCGGCAUUCGAGCAAAAAUUUGUUCAAGUUUCCAACGCUCUGGAUUCUGUGUCCUCUCUAGAAACCAAAGACGACGUCUCUGAAAGGACUGAUAAAAUUUUGAGCAAUCUCGAGGAAAUCAAGGAAAAGCUUAGGGAACUCGGACAACUCUUGACUUCGGAGUCUGGUGGACACAUGAGACAAGCUGGUGCACUGGGAAUUAGUCUGGAUGCCACGUCUGUGCUCGCACUUCUCACCAUGGGCGCAUAUCUCAUCCGAAUGGUCCUCACAAUCCUCCACGUCAGCCAACGAUCCCUGUCGGCGUUCAGCCCUGUCGAAAUCGAAUCCGUGCUUCCGGUCAUCUCGAAACACGUGCCGACGAGUCUCGUCGACUGGCUCCUACUUCCCGUGUCCAGUGACGUGAGUGUUACCGAGAAGGAAGGCAGAUCCUUGCCCGAUGUGUACAAGAAUGCCACCAGACGGACCGGUUUCUGGUGGGGCCAAUUGAGCAAAUUGCCCGGGGAACUGCAGACCACUUGGGAUUUGAGCAAACACCAGAAGCCGGAAUGUUUGCGUAGGUUCAUUUGCCAGCGACUGGCCAAGGUCCCGCCGCAUAAGCGUCAGCUGGGCGAUGACUUGGUGGUUUGGACCAUGAGCGGGAUUGCUUAUUACAAUGGCAAACCUGUGAACAUUUUCGUCGAUGAAAUCGACAACAAAUUGGCAGCGAACCAAGAGGUGAAUUGCGAAGCCUUCAGCGAGGAUUGCUCGGAAAGAGAAUAUCGAGAAGGACUUCAGCGAGGACAGCUUUUAUCAAAACUCCAAGGGUUCCUGGCUCGCUGGAUGACAUCCUAAACACCGAAAGAAAUAAACAAACAAAUUAUUCUCAAAACAAAUGAUCGUCACUACGCGACUGUUCAGCCAAACUUCUUCCAUGUUGAAACCUGAGAAGAAAGAUAAAUUCUGACUUGUGAUUUUGUGAAGACGAUUCGUGAUCGUUGCGUUACUGUUUGUGAUCGAUG